AUGACGGUUUCUGUCGAAGAUCUGGCUGCACUGCCAAUGCCUGACAUGAUCACUCUGUUGUUCAAAUUCCACAAAUCCACUACAGUCCUAUCAGUCCUGCCUACAACGCCUUUCACAGAGAUCAAAGCACUUCUACUUGCUGCGCUUCAGUCAAGAAAUCUCAAAUAUCUCCCUAACACGACCAUUCCGCUUCCUGAGACACCGCAAGAGCUCGAAUUUGGUGUGCUGGCUGAUAAGAGAGACCCUUCAAAGGGCUGGGUACCAUUGUAUAUCAAUGAGCAGGAAACAUUGGGGCCCAAGGGUGUCAAGAAGAGAAUAGGGGGCAAAUCAAGCGUUCUUAACGAGAGUCCCUUGGGUGCUGGCUUGACUGACGGUUCAUUGGUCGCGUAUCGAAUCAAGGCUUUUUACAAGGAAGGACAGAAGGACGGGCAUGAUAAUGACAAGACCUCGGGAGAAGGUACUCCAGGUAUUGAAAUCGAUGAAGAUCCAGGAUGGGAUGUGGUGCUGCCUUCUUUCGAAGAUGAGGGCGAAUGA